AUGGAAGCUGACACACCAGGGCUCGGUGCCGAGCCAUCGCAGAAAAACGCCAGCAAAUCCCCCGACGAUCAAGUUCAGGAUGCCCUGGAGUCCAUCCUGUCCAAGAAAAAUCUGGUCCGAGACCAGUUCUUGGCAAGCAAGAUGAACCCACAGAUGUACAUCCCCAUCGCCGUGCUGCUUGUGCACCAUCGUUUACAAGCUCUUGGUGCGACUCAUGACCAGGUGGCAGCUGCAGCUGCAAAAUCCAAGCGCCUGGGUGUGGACGACCAGAGAACCAUGGUGCGGCCUGUGCUCAAGUCCAAGCGAAAUGUUGUCAUCCUCCGUGAUCUGCCAGAGGGGACAACAGAGGAAGAGAUCAUGCAGCUUCUGGCAUCCGGGCCGUAUGCCGAAAACGUUGUUAGUGUCAAGCCCGAGGUGAACAACACCUGGUUUGUGAAAUUCAACGUGGACGAUGGUGCGCAAGACGUAGUUCUCUGGCUUCGUUCGCAGUCCUUCAAGGGGAAGCCGCUGAAUGCUGCCAUCAAGUCCGAGCACUUUCUCCGCAGCUUCUUCCCCGUGAAUGCGAACUUGGGCUUCGUGCCUCCAGGGCUGCCCCCAAUGGAGCAGGCAGAUGGCAUGAACGGGCCGGACAUGCUCCAAGGCUUCCCUUCAGCCCAGUUCGGAGGGAAGGGCCUUGGAUAUGGCGGCCCAGAUCUCCCACCUCCGGGGAUGGGCCAUCCGCUAGGGAUGAUGAUGCCACCGGAGGUGCCUUUCAUGCAGCCGUUGCAGUACGGGCUGCAGGGCCCAGGCUUCUGGAAGCCGUGGGGAUCUCGCUUCAAGCAGCCUCCACUCGUUCUGCCUGCCAACGGUCUAGAGGCAAUCAGACGACCGGAUGGCUGGGGGGAGCAAGGUAAGGGGAAGAGCAAAGGGAAAGAAGAGCAAGGCAAGGGCAAGGCGAAGACAGGCAAGGUCCCGGGAAAGAGCACUGGAAAGUGGAGCGACGAGUAUGUCGAGGAGCUCCCGCAGGGCAAGUUCGGCAAGGGGGGCAAGGCGGUGCAGGCUCAGGCCCCCAGGCCACCCCCGCCGAGCUCCUGGCAAGAUGAGCCCCUGCCGUGGCAGGCCGCAGGGCGGGCAGCUCCUGUCGUCGCCCCUCCGGGGGCUGAUGCGGUACCUGGUGACGAAGAAGGCAGAAGGAAAGGCGGAGCUGAUGGCAAGGCCCCAAAGAUGAAAUGGGCUGUCAAAAGCCAGGCAUAA